CAUAAACAAUAUGAUGACGAGGUGUAUUACAUGGCUGUUGCUCUGAUGUUUUCCAAGAAGAGCCCUGAUCCUAACACAAAGGUGGGUGCGUGCGUCGUAAAUGAGGAGAAAAAAAUUGUUGGAGUCGGUUUCAACAGAAUGCCUGAUGGCUGUGAGGAUAAGUUUCCAUGGGCGCGUGAAGCUACAAACAGACUGGAGAAUAAACACGUGUAUGUGUGUCAUGCGGAGCUGAAUGCCAUCAUGAACAAAACCUCAGUGGAUGUGAAAGGAUGCACCAUUUAUGUCACUCUGUUUCCCUGUAACGAGUGUGCUAAGGUCAUCAUCCAAUCAGGUAUAAAAGAGGUGGUUUAUUUAUCCAAUAAAUAUGCUGAAAGAGUAGAAACAAUAGCUUCUGACCGACUGCUGAAGGGAGCAGGUAUUGGGCAAAGGCAGUUUGACUUAAAGAAGGAUCUCUCUGCCCUGCUGAACUCCAUCGAUCCCUUUGCUGAGUGAAUAAGACCAGGACAGAGAUCGUUCCCAAAAUACUGAGGGGGAAAAUCCUAGUGAUGUUCAGUAGACUUCAAUGUAAUCAUGGGUGAAAAUGGCUUAAAUACUUCUAUAUAACUGAAAUCUUUAAUGAACUUUAUAUUUAAUCAAACUCUUGAUUUAACUUCUGAUUAUUUUGGUGGAGGGAAAAUUAAGAUCACUGUAUUAACUAUUUCAAAUGAAUCUGUAUUUACCUUAAAAUUACUGAUUAUUAAUUAUUACUAUAUAACUGU